GGCAGCAGCCUCUGAGCAGAUCGGACUCCCUUUGUUCGCGCUCCUCGCUCGGCUCCUUCCGGCAACCAUGUCUGACAAACCCGAUAUGGCUGAGAUCGAGAAAUUCGGUAAGUCGAAAUUGAAGAAGACAGAAACGCAAGAGAAAAAUCCUCUGCCUUCAAAAGAAACGAUUGAACAGGAGAAGCAAGCUGGCGAAUCGUAAUGAGACGAGCGCCGCCAAUCUGUACUGUACAUUCCACAAGCAUUGCCUUCUUAUUUUACUUCUUUUAGCUGUUUAACUUUGUAAGAUGCAAAGAGGUUGGAUCAAGUUUAAAUGACUGUGCUGCCCCUUUCACAUCAGAUUCAGAACUACUGACCAGGAAGGCCUCCCCUGCUUCUCCCACCCAUCUGGCUGGCUGGCAGGGAGGGAAAAGAACUUGCAUGUUGGCGAAGGAAAAAGUUGGGUGGGAGGCGGUGAAAUAUAGAGUAAAAUUCAAGAUGGUCCAAGGUGUCCUACAGGAUGUAAACUGCAGUUUAAUCAGAGUGCCAUUUUUUUUGUUCAAAUGAUUUUAAUUAUU